CACCGUCGCCGCUGAGAGGAGGAGACGGGCAGCGAGGUGGUUCGGCUGUGGCUUGGAGCGGCAGUGGCAAUCCGGCUGCGGCUGCGAGCAUGCCCAGGUGCCUCCGCUGCGGCCUGAACGACGCCACCAGCCCCGGCUGCUGCCGCUUCCACCCCGCACUGCUCAGCCAGCCCGGCAGCCUCACGUUCACACCCGAGUGGAUGACCUGCCAGGCAGCGGGCCACACGGACCGCACCCGCGGCUGCCUGGUGCGCUCUGAGCACUUUUACGAGCCCGUGUUUCACACACAGCAGCCGCAGCGUGCUGCUAGUGCUAGGGCUGCUGCUGGCACUGGUGGUGGUGGCGGUAGGGGUACCGCCGGCGGCAUAGCGCGGGAAGCGGGUGCGGGUGCGGGUGCUUCCACUGGGGGAGCCGCAGCUCGUUUGGGGCAGGUACCGGUACGACAGUCCGCCGAGGAGGGCAUGGGGAUGAUGGGCGCAGCACAAUCAGGCACAGCGACGGUAACAGCAGCAACAGCGGGUGUGCGUAGGUCUGGGGGUCUUUUAAGCGGCGGUUUGGCGGCUGCGGCGAAGGCGGCGGGGGCAGCCGCGGCGGCUGCGAUGGCGGUUCGUACGUUGGCGGUUUCACCACAGAGGUCUCCGCGGAGGGGUGCUAGCGCGCCGGGGGAUAUAGGCGGGGUAGCAGCAGCAGCAGGACGGUUAAAGGGCCGAAUGGCGGGCGGGAGCGGUACAGGAGCAGCAGGGGG